AUGUUAUUCUUUUCUCUUAUUAUUCUUAUUUUAUUUAAUUUUAUUUAUUCUCUUGAUAAUGGACUUGGUAAAACACCGCAAAUGGGAUGGAAUAGUUGGAAUCAUUUUGGAUGUAGUAUUAAUGAAACAAUAAUUCGUUCAACAACUGAUGCACUUAUUUCUACUGGUUUAGCUCAAGCUGGCUAUACUUAUGUUAAUAUUGAUGAUUGUUGGGCAUCAUCUCGUGAUACAAAAACAAAUUUUAUUAUUCCUGAUCCUAUUGGAUUUCCAUCUGGUAUAGCAUCAUUAGCUGAUUAUGUUCAUUCUCGUGGUCUUUUAUUUGGUCUUUAUUCGGAUGCUGGAUAUAAUACUUGUGCUGGUCGACCAGGUUCAUUUGGUUACGAAGAAAUUGAUGCACAUGUAUAUGCACAAUGGAAAGUUGAUUAUCUUAAAUAUGAUAAUUGUCAUUCUUUCCUAACAAAUAAAACAAUAAAAGAACGUUAUGAACGUAUGCGAGAUGCAUUAAAUCAUACAGGUCGACCAAUAUUCUAUUCAGCAUGUGAAUGGGGUGAUAUGUUACCAGCAUUAUGGUUUCGUACAAUUGCAAAUUCAUGGAGAACAACGGGAGAUAUUAAUGAUCAUUGGCUUUCAAUGUUAUUAAAUAUUGAUAUUAAUGAUUUAUUUGCUGAUUUUGCAGCACCACAUGGUUUUAAUGAUCCAGAUAUGUUAGAAAUUGGUAAUGAUGGUAUGACAUUAAAUGAAUAUCGGACUCAUAUGAGUCUUUGGUCAAUAGCUAAAGCACCAUUACUUAUUGGUUGUGAUGUACGAACUAUAUCAAAAGAAAGUUUAGAAAUUUUAACAAAUUCAGAAGUUAUUGCUGUUAAUCAAGAUUCACUUGGUAUACAAGGAAAAAAAAAACGUAUUGACCUUGUUUAUAAUACUGAAGUAUGGGCUGGACCAUUAGCUGAUGGAUCAAAAGCUGUUCUUGCAUUUAAUCGAGCGAAUAAUAUAACUCAAACAAUUUUAGUACUAUUUACUGAUUUAGGUUGGCAAUUAACAAGUCAAGUUAAAGUACGAGAUCUUUGGUUACAUAAAGAUCUUGGAGAAUUUCAAGGAAAUUAUACAGCUUAUAAUAUUGAAUCACAUGGUGUUCAAAUGCUUAAAAUGACUCUUAUUACAUUAUAG